UCUGAAGCAGACAUCAUGACAGGCUUCCUACGGGUCUUCUUGGCUCUCAGUGCCACUCUCUCAGGUUCCUGGGUGACUCUCACGGCCACUGCAGGACUCAGCUCAGUGGCUGAACACGAAGACGCGCUCCUCAGACAUUUGUUCCAAGGUUAUCAGAAAUGGGUCCGCCCUGUGUUGAAUUCCAGUGACAUCAUAAAAGUGUAUUUUGGAUUAAAGAUAUCUCAGCUUGUGGAUGUGGAUGAAAAGAAUCAACUGAUGACAACAAAUGUGUGGCUGAAGCAGGAAUGGACAGACCAAAAAUUACGAUGGAAUCCCGAAGACUAUGGUGGAAUUAAUUCGAUAAAGGUUCCAUCGGAAUCGCUCUGGCUGCCUGACAUAGUUCUCUUUGAAAAUGCUGAUGGACGUUUUGAGGGCUCUCUCAUGACCAAGGCCAUUGUGAAAUCCAGUGGAACCGUCAGUUGGACUCCUCCCGCCAGCUACAAAAGUUCCUGUACCAUGGAUGUCACAUUUUUCCCGUUCGACCGGCAGAACUGCUCAAUGAAGUUCGGAUCCUGGACGUACGAUGGUACCAUGGUCGACCUCAUUCUGAUCAAUGAAAACGUGGACCGGAAAGACUUUUUUGAUAACGGAGAGUGGGAGAUACUAAAUGCGAAGGGGAUGAAGGGCAACAGGAGAGAAGGCUUUUACUCCUAUCCGUUUGUUACCUACUCUUUUGUUCUGAGACGCCUGCCCCUGUUUUAUACCCUCUUUUUGAUAAUCCCCUGCCUGGGGCUGUCUUUUCUCACGGUCCUGGUGUUCUAUCUACCCUCCGACGAAGGGGAAAAGCUCUCGUUAUCCACCUCGGUUUUGGUCUCUUUGACAGUGUUUCUUUUAGUAAUCGAAGAAAUAAUCCCGUCUUCUUCGAAAGUCAUCCCUCUCAUUGGGGAGUACCUCCUCUUCAUUAUGAUUUUUGUCACGCUGUCUAUUAUCGUCACGGUUUUUGUAAUUAAUGUCCACCACAGAUCUUCCUCAAUGUACCAUCCCAUGGCCCCCUGGGUGAAGAGGCUGUUUCUGCAAAGACUCCCGAGAUGGCUGUGUAUGAAGGACCCCAGGGACCGCUUCUCUUUCCCCGAUGGAAAGGAGAGUAAGGCAGCCACGAGGGGGAAAGUCCCAGGGAAAAAGAAGCAGAUUCCUACCAGUGAUGGAGAGAGAGUUCUGGUGGCUUUCCUGGAGAAGGCCUCUGAGUCCAUCAGAUACAUCUCGAGGCAUGUGAAGAAGGAACACUUCAUCAGCCAGGUCGUUCAAGACUGGAAAUUCGUGGCGCAGGUUCUUGACCGCAUCUUCCUCUGGCUCUUCCUGAUAGCUUCGGUUUUGGGCUCAGUCCUGAUUUUUAUUCCAGCCUUGAAGAUGUGGAUACAUCGUUUCCAUUAGGAACCAGUUCUCUGGAUCCAUGUAGAAGACACCCAUAGAGAGAAUCCCACCUUAGGACUGAGGGCUGCUGGCAUGUUCACAGAAAGGAGAUGCAUGCAACAGUUGUGGUGCCCUUGUCUUAUCCUGGGAGCC